CGGCGCCCGAGGCGUCGGGGAGCUUUGUGCGCGAGCUGCUCCUUGGAAAUCCCGAGGCUUCCCUCCGCGGCGUCCUAACGGAGCCGGGAAAGUUUUGCCCGGGAAACUUGGAGCGGUGGGCGCUCACGGAGCGUGUAGUUGGGGUGGGGCGGGGGGUUGUCGGUUUUCACACCAGGGGUGGGGCGGAGAGGAGAGGGGACGCGACUGAAGCACAGCGCAGGAGUUGGCGAGGGAGGGUCCCCGGCUGUCAGCGUUGGGCGCGCGGACAGGCGGACGUAGGCGACGGGCGACGCCCCCGCCACGGAAACUGUGGCAGCACUUUCUGGAUGGGCCAGCUGAAGAGAGAAACAGAUUGAUAUUAUUUAUUUUUCAGGAGACUAAAAAGAUGACUUGUCUUUUGUAGAAAUUAAAGCAAUUUGUAAUCUUAAGGCUACGUAGGUUGAGCUUUCCAGGUUGACUGUGUGAGUGGGCGGACGGGAUGGUGAGUGACAGACGUAAGGAUCUUUUCGGACCUAGAUCAUCUCUUUGACUGCUUGUUCUUAAGCCUGGAAAGGAUCGGGGUCGUGAUCACAGAAGCCAGACCUCCACUUUCCAGGGACAGAGGGAGAUUACCAGGCAUUUUAAUGCCAAGGCGGGUCAAAUGAUAAUCGCUUCUAAUUGGCAUCCCCACAAGCUCCUUAAUUAUUUAUCUGCAGCUGUCACUCAAAGAGCAAAAUUCUUCCUACCUUUGGAAAACUGGUUUUCUUGCCACGUCGUUAUUCUAAUAAGUACACACCGAAGCGUAAAAUCAGCAACGGCAGAGAUAUUUACAUGAAACGCUGUUCGCGAAUUAUCUUUUAAUUAUUAAAGUGUGCGUCAUCUUUAAAAAUGAGAUCUGAAAAACAGAGGAAGUCAUGUGAAAGUCGAAACCAGUUGGGACGGGGUGGGACUGAGGGGGACAGUUAACUCAGAAAUAAGAUCCAGAAGUGCGAGGUGAGGUAAUAAGAACCUGGUGUGUGCAACAGUCUUAAAAUGAAAGAGAACAAAUAACAGGAACCUGGAGAAUUUGAGAACAUAAAGAAGCAUGGAAUCCAUGAAUUAUGAAGAGAAACAUGUACAAACUAGAACGGAUGACAAAAGCUGCAAAGUACUAGCUCUGUGAUUAGAUCCAAUUCCCCAACAACAACAUCUCAGAUUAUGGCAAGAAAGAAAAGGAGAGGGAUAAUAGAGAAAAGGCGUCGAGAUCGGAUAAAUAACAGUUUAUCUGAGUUGAGACGACUGGUGCCAACUGCUUUUGAAAAACAAGGAUCUGCAAAGUUGGAGAAAGCCGAAAUAUUGCAAAUGACAGUAGAUCAUUUGAAGAUGCUUCAGGCUACUGGGGGUAAAGGCUACUUUGACGCGCAUGCUCUGGCCAUGGACUUCAUGAGCAUUGGCUUCCGGGAGUGCCUGACAGAAGUGGCGCGGUACCUGAGCUCCGUGGAGGGCCUGGACUCCUCCGACCCCCUGCGGGUGCGACUGGUCUCUCAUCUCAGCACGUGUGCCUCGCAGCGGGAGGCGGCGGCUAUGACGUCCUCUCUGGCCCACCACCACCACCCCCUGCACCCGCACCACUGGGCGGCAGCCUUCCACCACCUCCCCGCGGCCCUGCUCCAACCCAACGGACUCCACGCCUCCGAGUCCUCGCCCUGUCGCCUCUCCACCGCUUCGGAAGUGCCUCCUGCCCACGGCUCCGCCCUGCUCACGGCUACGUUCGCCCACGCCGACUCUGCCCUUCGGAUGCCAUCCACGGGCAGCGUUGCCCCCUGCGUGCCACCUCUCUCCACCUCCCUCUUGUCCCUGUCCGCCACUGUCCACGCGGCCGCGGCUGCAGCCACCGCCGCGGCGCACAGCUUCCCUCUGUCUUUCGCGGGGGCCUUCCCCAUGCUCCCACCUAACGCAGCUGCGGCUGUGGCAGCCGCCACAGCCAUCAGCCCGCCCUUAACCGUGGCAGCCACGUCCAGUCCGCCGCAGACAAGCGGUGCAUCAAACAGUAAACCUUACCGACCCUGGGGGACAGAAGUGGGAGCUUUUUGAGUUUUCAUUGGACUUUUUGCAAUAGUAACUGAAUGUCCUUCAUUUCAGAGUCAGCUUAAACCUCUGCACCCUGAAAGUAGCCAUACAGAUGUCUACAGAUCCACAAAGGAACAAUAAAGCUAUUUGAGACACAAACCUCCCAAGUGGAAAUGUGGUAUUAUCUUUUUUCUCGUGUUUUGUUUAAGGCAGCUUGGUAACUGACAUCAGCAACUUUUGAAACCUUCACACUUGUUUUCAUUUAGAAGUUUCCUGAAAAUAUAUGGACUAUAUCAUCCAGCCGUGCAUCAGUAUGUCUGAAUUGGGGGGAAAAACAAAAACAAAACAACAAAAAAAAACCUGACUGGAUUCUCUUGAAACUAAAUGGAAAAAAAAUACUCGUGUUUCAUAAGUGCCUGAGCUAGUAAAGUUUUCUUCUGAAUAUAUAACAUUGCACAAGUAAAGAAGAGUGUAGAGGUUAGGUUAAGAAAGGGAAGGAACAGAAGUCUUGCAUUAGGUUGCAGACAUUUUAAUAAGGUGCCAGAGAAGAGUACUCUAUUGAAACCAACAGGUUUUUCUUGGCCAAAAGGAUUGCUGAAAAUAAUUUUCAAGUUGAAAGACCUAGUUUUAUCUUAGUUUGCUUCUUUGUUCAGACUUGCCUGCCAAGUGGUGACAUUUAGCAAUGCAUUGGUAUAAGCAAUUAUUCCAUCAGUGCUCAGAUUAACAACCAUUUCUGCCCUGCCUGCAAGCCCCCAGGCACUUUUUUUCAUGGUUCAAAAUAUGGUGCUUCUUUAUGUAAACAAUGCAUUUAUAGAAAGAGUGCACCUAAAAGCAGUUGCCUACCAUGUGCCCACCAGAAGCUAUUUGAUUCAUGCCAACUUGAAAAUUCUCCAGUUUGUAAAAGUUUAGGUUAAUUUAUUGUUUCAUUUAGACUAUUUUUACAUAUUUAUCCUCUUCAUUUUGUCUUGAUAAUGUGUAAUAUCUAUUCUUGUCACCCUUUGGGAAAAGUUGCAUUUCUGGAGGUGAUGAGACAGAGAGCGUUGGGAAGAGAAAAGCCACGAUUUUUAAAUGCUCUUUGUCAAGCUCAUGAUUGCAUUUGAUCCCAAAUCAAGAUGAAUGUAUGCAGUGGGAUGUACAGAAAUUAUUUUUGUUCAUGCCUAGACUAGUGCUACAUAAUGGUGUUUUUCUUUUUUUUUUUUUUUUUUUGGUUUGUUUAAUGACAACAUAAUCUCUUAAUACAUUGAAAUUGAGCACAUGAGAUUUUAUGUUUGAAAGAUAAAGACACAGCAUGUAUUCUUAUGCACUUCAUUUCUCUGCUGUGUGGAGGGAGCAAUAAACAUGAGAAUGUUAAACAUUAUGCAAAAUUAUACUUUUUAAAUACUUGUUUUAAAAUUAUUGUACCCAGUCUUUUUUUCAUUACUUUGUAACCUUUUUCUAUGCAAAAGUCUACAUAUCACUAAUUAAAUUAAGUCCUUUUUGA